AUGCGAGCAGAGCCCAAGUCGAGCCCAAUUUCGCGGCCUCCCGGCAUAUCCAAGGCUCCUGAUGGCGGCUUCAUGGCCUGGUGGCACGUCUUCCUAUGUCACAUGGUGUUUUUCAAUACUUGGGGACUUGCCAACAGCUAUGGCGUGUUCCAGCAGCACUAUACCGAAACACUCGGGCAUUCUGCAAGUGACAUUGGAUGGAUAGGAGGCAUUCAAAUGUUUCUAAUGCUCUUUGGGGGCGUCUUCUCAGGCCGUGCAUCUGAUGCCGGUUACUUUCGACACUGUUUCGUGACUGGGGUUAUCAUGCAAGUCUUUGGGCUUUGUAUGGCGUCUUUGUCUACCCGAUACUAUGAGAUUCUACUCAGCCAAGCUGUAUGUGUUGGGAUAGGUAGUGGUCUAGUAUUCACACCCGGCCUUUCAAUCAUGGGCUCCUACUUCCAAAAGUACCGCUCUGUUGCAGUAGGCUUGUCGGCAGCUGGUGCCGCAACAGGGGGGAUGGUCUACCCAGCAACAACAAACGCGCUGCUUAAUCAUUCAAAUGUUGGCUUUCCUUGGACAAUGCGCAUUCUCGCAUUAAUAAUGCUAGUCACGCACAUCCCAUCCGUGGUAGGAUAUCGACCGUACCUACCACCGCGCUCAACAGGGCCCGUCGUCGAAUGGAGUGCAUUCCGCGAGUGGCCAUUCGUGUUCUUCACGGCUAGCAUGUUCCUUAAUUUCUGGGGUCUGUACAUGGCUUUCUAUUACCUUGGGAUAUUUGCCCGUGAGCAAAUUCAUCUCAAAGAGUCAAUUAACCUCCUAAUCGUCUUAAACGGCGUCGGAGUCCUCGGGCGGAGUUCUCCCUGUUUCAUUGGCGAACGCUUUACGGGUAUUGUCAACAUCACCAUCCUCUGCUCCGCCAUUAGUGCUAUCUGUGUAUACUGCUGGGUUGCUAUUGAUGAUUUGCCGGGGUUAUAUGCAUGGGCAGUUGUAUACGGAAUCUUUGCCGGGGCUACACAAGCCCUGCUCCCGGCGCUGGCGACUCGGCAAACGAAAGAUAUUACCAAGGUCGGCACGAGGACAGGCAUGGUUUUGACGAUAGUUAGCUUCUCGUGUCUAACGGCCCCGGCUAUUCAGGGUGCUCUUAUUCAAGCUUGUGGGGGAGAUUAUCUGGGUGCUCAGGCUUUUUCUGCUAGUUCUAUUGUCCUGGGGAUGAUGUUUUUGUGGCUCUAUCGAUGGUGUCAAGUUGGUUUGAAACUCGAUGUGAAGGUCUAA